GGAACUAAGAAGGAAGGAGGGACUCACAGCGCGUACUGCAGCUGGGCGACGUUGUACGAGUUGAGGGGCUGGGGCGGGGGAGUGUCAAUCAUGAGAGCCGGCGUCGGGGGCGGGGGAGGGCGAGGAGGAGGGGGGCGGGGAGCGUAGAGUAGCGAAUGGAGGGAGGAGGAGUAUUUAAGGGAAGUAGGCCACGGAGGGAAGCCGACAUUCGCUCACGCCUGGGAAGUUGUUCUUGUGCUCAGCGGGGCCAAUGGCGACGGCGCUCGGUUCCCAUCGCGGGCGAAUAGCAGUCGUCCCAAGGUACGCUGCAAGCUGUGCAACCGCAUUGCGUCUAAUAAAUCACCCAUCUUGCCCGGAUCUCGCUCAAAAUUCGACCGAACGGGCUGCUCUUAAUGACCGUCUUCAUCUCAGAUUGCCUCCGUCUCCGGCCAUCUCGCCGCUCCCCGGCCGCAGUCCGCGCGCGUUUCACCCCAUAAGGACAUAUUGUCCACCCAGGCACCGUUCCCAGUGGCCCCCGGCCAGCUCGGAUUCUCCGCCGCCGCGGGCGAGACAAUCAGCCUCCACGAUCAUUGCUGUGCUUGCUGAUUCUACUCGUUGCCACCCUACUCGCCGCCGUGCGCCUCGCGCCCUUGUACUCAUCAACCGUAUUAACCCACGCCUACGCCGCCCCGCUCACAUUGACUGGGCAGUACCGAUGCCUGUGCUGCCUGUGCCCUUGAUCUCUUCACCCACGUAUCAUGAUCAUCAGCCCCAUCAUCAGAUGCUCCCACUCAGGGCUAGCUUAGCUCCUAGCAGACUGCCGCCGACUGACCAGGCACUGGUUCUGUACCCCAGACAGACCGUGUCCAUCACCGAAACCUGAUACAAAACUCUACAUGGUAUUCGCAGCGAUGCGCAAAUCCAGGCGCAGACCUUAUUCCCGGCGCACAGAUCCUGCAAAUCUUCUUCACCGGC